ACACUGCGCUCAGGAUAUCUUGGUCUGAGAUAUCCACAGAGGCAGCCAGGUCAGACGACCGGACCGACACGGUUUCAAUAUGCGCUCGCCAAUGCGUGCUGCGUUUCAGUCCCCGAGCGCAUCCGGCACCACGCUCGAUUUUGGUUUGACGCACUCGAUCCUCUGUUCUUGGCUUUUUUAUACAACACAAGCUGACAACCCAGCGGGUCACUGGAGACAAUUCGGUGGCUGGCUGAUGCCCGAACCCGUCCCGGCGCACGCAGAGAUGGACUGCAGUUUUACUUGAAGAGGAGAAUGGAGAAUCCAGCCAAGUAUCUCUCUUCGGUGCAGGGGGUUGAUUCCGCGCCGGCACCCCUCGGAGAGAUUAUGUGGAACAGCACUGGAGCGGAGGCAACAAGCGAUGCGGGGAAGGAUAUGGUGGUGCGCACGGUGACGGGCUGUCUGCUGUCCCUGCUCAUCCUCUGGACCCUGCUGGGGAACAUCCUGGUGUGCUCCGCGGUGCUGCGCUUUCGGCACUUGCGGACCAAAGUCACUAACAUUUUUAUCGUGUCCCUGGCUCUGUCGGAUUUAUUUGUCGCCGUCUUGGUGAUGCCAUGGAAAGCGGUGGCAGAGGUGGCGGGGUACUGGCCGUUUGGCACUUUUUGUAACGUCUGGGUUGCUUUUGAUAUCAUGUGUUCCACUGCCUCCAUCCUUAACCUCUGUAUUAUUAGUGUGGAUAGAUACUGGGCCAUAUCGAGCCCCUUCCGUUACGAGAGGAAAAUGACCCAGCGAGUUGCCUUUGUGAUGAUAAGCAUCACUUGGACGUUGUCUGUGCUCAUUUCAUUCAUCCCGGUCCAGCUAAACUGGCACAAAGCCAGCGCUGAAGACAAGGCUGGGGCGCACAACUCCACGAGUCGGCAGUUUGAGGAAAACUGCGACUCCAGCCUCAGCAGAGAGUACGCGAUAUCCUCCUCCCUGAUAAGUUUCUACAUUCCUGUAGCAAUCAUGAUUGUAACAUACACACGAAUCUACCGGAUUGCACAAAUUCAAAUUAGGAGAAUAGCGUCUCUGGAGAGAGCGGCAGAGCACGCGCAAAGUUGCAGGACCAACCGAAUCGAGUGCCAACACCACACCACGUUAAAGACGUCCAUAAAACGGGAAACCAAAGUGUUCAAAACUUUGUCUGUGAUCAUGGGCGUCUUCGUUUGUUGCUGGUUACCUUUCUUCGUUCUGAACUGCAUGGUUCCUUUCUGCUCGAGGCGCGCCACAGACCGGGACGCGGGCCUGCCGUGCGUCAGCGAGACCACCUUCGACGUGUUCGUGUGGUUCGGCUGGACCAAUUCCUCCCUGAACCCCAUCAUCUACGCCUUCAACGCCGAGUUCCGGAAGGCCUUCGCCAGCCUGCUGGGCUGCCGGUAUUUCUGCUCCAACACUCCCGUGGAGACGGUCAACAUCAGCAACGAGCUGGUCUCCUACAACCAGGACACCCUGAUCCACAAGGAGAUCGCCAACGCUUAUGUCAACAUGAUCCCCAACGUGGUUGAAUGUAUUGAACAUGAGGAGACGUUUGACAGGAUCUCACAGUUUUCCCACAACAUGGACAACGCCACCGACUCUGUCUGCGACUUGGAGGACUGCGAGGCAGACAUCAGUCUUGACAGGAUGUCCCCCUUCACACCCAAUGGAUUACACUGACUACACACUCCCCGUGCGUGCGUGCGUGCGUGACUGGAUGUAUUGGUUGUUAUGUCAUUUAGCUUCCAAGUCCCACACACUCCUCUCCACAUGGGAGGUCAGAGGUUCUCUGAGCUGCUGAUGAGGUCCUGGCAGAGGGUGUUGGAGGUCCUUGUGUGUGUGUGUCUUAGUGUGUGUGACAAAUUACCAGAGCACAAGUGUCUGCAGCCACAAGGCCACCCUGCCUCCACUUUCUGUCAUCUAAAAGAUGUGAAGUUAUUGUCCUGUUCUUAAAAAAAAGUGACGUGUAGGUGUUUCUUUACAUGGCAAGUGAAGUCGGUGUUCCUUUUGUUCAAAGUUUCAGUGUUGCUAAAGCUGUUGUUUACUCACAGGCUUUACUUGGAGCACCUGUGUCUCAAUCAUCGACUGUAUAUAGGGAACUGGACAGAGUGAGUGUGACUUCACCCAUACUUCCGGUUCCAACCAAAUGAAGUCAAUUCAGUUACCAUUUUCCCUCGAUACGUCCGUCGCCAUGUUGGAACCAGACGUCCUCAGAAAGCCGUGAUUGAUGAUUGUUUUAGCCUACAUUUCUAUAGGAACCAUUCUCUCCAAUCAGGGGUGAGUAUGUUAGAAGGCCACACCCCUUCCACUGAAAGCAGACUCAGGAGAAUCUGUCAAUCAACACGAGACCCCCUACUUUUAUUGGGGAUCUGAUUGGUCAGUUUAUAACUUGAAUAAAUUGCAUUAAAGCAAAAAUUUCAUUAAAAAACAGUUAAGAUUAGCAAGACGAUGUUAAAAAAUGUUUUAUACCAAGAAUGGUUAUUAUGACAAAUAUAAUGUCUGAGCAAUAGAAGUAUAUUUCUCAAUAGAAGUCUAUCGGAUUCUGGAUUUUUGGGACCAACAGCUUCUUCCUGUUUGGAACAUGAAGGGGGAGGAGUCACUCUGUUCAGUUCUCUGUAUACAGUCAGUGUUCUCAAUGCCCAUCCAUUAGGAGGUGUUUGUAAAGGACAAAAAAGGACUCACAGAGCAAUCAUAAACCUUUGCUGCUUAAUAACCUCACGUGUAUCCAGUGCCCGCCUUUCCGCUCAGAAUGAACAUUGAGGGCAGCCUUACAGACAGCACAGCUGAGUUAGUUAAAUGCAGUUACUUCAUCGCCUUACAGCAAAGUGAAGGAAGACUUUUGAGUCUUGCAAGGAAUGUGUCCUUUGGAGUUUAAGUUACACGAUGCCAAAAUGCAUUAUUGAAGUGUUUGACCGCUUCAGCCACCCCUGUGACUCUUUCAGCUCACUCCUUCCUCCCCGUGUGGACGAUCGCACAGUCUAGACACGGAAAGCUGCAGGCUUUGAUGGGGGAAAAUGACGCAAAAGCACAAAAUCUAAUGUGAUAAAUUUAUAAAUUGACUUUUCAAGUCGUUCUAUCGCUUACUCUUUUCUGAUCUCUGAUUUCACAUCGAGGCCAAAACUGAAGCAAAGGGGUUCAGCUUUAUCUGCCAGAGUUGGAUCGUACUAAGCAAAGAGAGAAAGAGGGGGAAAAAAGAGAGACAAAUCAAUAAUGUCUUACAUGACCAAAGACUUCAAGGGGGAAUCAAUAAGUCAGACACAUUAGAUUUGCUGUGAUCAGGUGAGGGAAUUGUUUCCUUAGAAGGGCCCAAACACUUUAACGUCCAACGGGGCCAACAGAGCAGGAUGUCAUGUCACCCGUUUUCAGCAUCUUUGUACUGUGCAGAUGAACUGACCUGAAUGUACAAUUGUCUUUUAAACGGUGAAGUGUGUCAUCAUUUGUCUAAUAAAAUACAGUCAUGCAGACGGGAAGGUAGUGUUCUGGGAUCUUCCUGAGCAUGAAAAGUGAAACCUA